AUGUGCAAAUAUGCACUAAUAAAUAAAUGUGAUAGAGGAGAAAAUUGCACAUUUGCUCAUGACAUAAGCGAGUUAAGAAUAAAACCAGACAUGAGAAAAACGAAAUUGUGCAAAAGUUACAUAUUAGGAAAAUGUACGGAUCAUGAUUGCAUAUAUGCACAUUCUGUGAACGAACUGAGGGAGGUGGGAAAACCAGCCAUAUGUCAGCUGCAUAGAGAAGGUAGAUGCAUAAAGGGAAAUCAAUGCAGAUUUGCACACUCCAUAAAUGACAUAAACACAAAACUUGUGCAAUUUUACGACAAUGAAGACAGUAUGAAUAAUGAUGAAAUGGAUUUUUCGAGACUAAGCAAUUGUCUAGAUCCUAUGAAUUCAGAUGGAUUAUGCGUGUUGAAUAAAACAAAAGGAAUCUCAGAAGAAGUAAAUAUGAGUUCUGGAAAUGGUGAAGUUGGUGGUCAUCCAAACGGAGAAUUGGGAAUCUAUCAAAAUAUGGGUGUUUGUACAAUACGUAAUGGGGAAGAGAUAGAACACGUGACUCAGCAGAAAAGGAACAAUGGAUGGAAUGUAAAUAUAAAUUUUAACGACAAUAGUUCGAAUUCAUCUAAUUUUUCUAAGAAGAAUAUAGAUAUAGGGAUGAGGAAUAACAGUAGAAGAAAUAACCCAAUGAAAAAUAUGAAUAGAGCGAAUUUGAUAAAAAAUUCCUCUUGUAAUACAUUUUUAAGUAACAUUGUGAACAAUCCCACAUAUCGUAAGGAGGGUAAAAACAAUGAAGAUUUUAUGAAUGGUAGAAAAUUAAAGUAUACUAAGUUAUGCACAAUAAAUAUGAACUUGAAGAACAACCAAAAUUUUUACCAUCAAUAUGAUGAACCAUUGCUUAAUCGGAAUGAUAAAAAGGAUUAUUUUAUACAUGGAAAAUUUGAAAGAAUGAAUUAUAUGCAAAAUAGAUAUGACCAUCAUGAAAACUGUUCAAAGGAAUCCAUAAGGAACAAUAUAACUCCACCAUUUAAUUUGCAUUCCAUAUUAUCCCAUAAUGGUACUGAGAUGGAAGAAAAGUAUAGAAAUUGCAAUCAAGAUUUAGAUGUCCAUAAUCAUCAUGUUAUUGGUGAAGAUUCUAAAAACUAUAGAAUCAUGAGAAAAUUGGCUAGUACGGAUGAAGAAAUUGCAUCCCCCAUUAUCCCUACUGACAAAAGAGGCUUGAUCAUAUUAGAUGGCAAGGGAGAAGGAAAAUAUGCAACAAAGUUUGCUGAACGUAUGUUUAUGAGUUCAUGUGAUUCGGAAAAUUUGCUUCUCAGUGAUAAUGCAGUGCAAAAGGAGGAAAGUAGAUGUGAUAAAUUGAAUGGAAUGAUAUAUAAUGAGGAUCAUUUGAACAUUAGGAAUAGUACCUACUGGGAGUUUGGUACGUGUCCAAACAGAGGAAUCAGUGAGAUGGAUGGAACGAGACGAGAAGAUGGAAGAGAAGGCGGAAGAGAAGGCGGAAGCGAAAACUGGAGAGAAAACAGAAAUAGUAACAUUAACAAGAAUGGAAAUAUUCUCAUGGAUGAGAAACAGUUCAAGAUCGUCUUAGGAAAAUAUCCUACAGAAUUACAGCAGAAAGAAGAGAAAAACAAUAUUGCACAUAUGAUGACGUCAUAUAAUAGAAAAAAUUCUCAUUUUAUACAUGAGGAUGAGGACAUACUUAAUAGUGAUGAUUUCAGAAAUGGAGAAAGAAAGAAAGGCAAAGAGGAUGGAACUAGAUGUAGUGCAUUAUUAAACAGGAAGAAGCUAGACGAUGAAGAGAAUGAUACAUUGGUUAGUCCUUACGAAAUAAAUUUAUGCUUAGAAAGGAGGAAUGACAGUUUUUAUUGUACUGGGAAUAAACUAGAUGAAUUGGCACAAAGGACUGAUGAUAAAAUUGGCAGAAACGAGGAAAAGAGAAGUUCUUGCAAGGGUUAUAAAAUAUACAACAGUGCAAGUGAAAAAAGUAAGUGGAACCUUAAUGAUACACAUGUGGACAUGCAAUCGAAAUGCAUGUCUAACAUUGUUGUCAACAAGUGUAGUAAGAAUAUAAAAUUUAACGUUAAUACAAAUCAAGAAAAUGGGAAAAGUACAAAAAACGAGAGGAAAACAGUCCUAGAGAAUGUAGGACUUGUGGACGAGAAAAGGGGAAUCGAUGAAAGCAUCGUAGGAAAAAAUGGAGGGAUGAAAAAGGACAUUGUUGUGGGUGUCAAGCGCUGCUCAGAUUUGGAAGUUAUGCCAUACUUAGAAGGAGUUAAUGCAAAUCUCAGAACUACAUUGCACAAAACAGAAAGUAAAAGAAGCGGAAACGGAAAGACUGGGCAUAUGGAAAAGCGAAUAAUUCCUUGCUUAUCUGAAUUGUAUCCUAAGCUAGUAAGAAGCAUUUUGUUUGACGAAGAGGUAGAUAAUAACGAUGGGGAUAGUGGUAAUAAUAAGAGAAGUUCCAGGGAAGAGGAGCCGGAGGAGGGAUUGGCUCCAUAUGGAAGCGACAUGCAUUGCUGUAGUAACACGCAGUAUGGGAGUAGUAACACCGUGGAUAUGUGUGUACAUAAUUUUGAUGAGAUAUACUUUGAGAAUAUGAAUGAGUACAUAAAUGGGCCACCAUGCUUCCAAAGCAGAAGCAAACUAGGAGCAGAAGAGGGGAUAGAAGCAGAAGAGGGGAUAGAAGCAGAAGAGGGGAUAGAAGCAGAAGAGGGGAUAGAAGCAGAAGAGGGGAUAGAAGCAGAAGAGGGGAUAGAAGCAGAAGAGGGGAUAGAAGCAGAAGAGGGGAUAGAAGCAGAAGAGGGGAUAGAAGCAGAUGAAGGGGCAGAAGCAGUAGGAGGGAGAACGGGAGAAAGGGGAGUGUGUCGUGGCGACUGUGGGAGUAGGAACCAGAAUUUGUUAAAGUACAUUGAGGAAAUGCAUGAAAGGAAUGGAUAUUCCCUUUUGGAAAGGUUUCAGACAAAAGAUGAAUGUAUCGAGGGAGAUGCAAUCGGAGGGAACAAUGCGAAUGGUUGUGGUGUGUCGGAUGAUGUGAACGAGUCGAACCGUGCAGGAUUGGAAAAUGGUGCAGGAUUGGAAAAUGGUGCAGGAUUGGAAAAUGGUGCAGAAUGGGAAAACGGUGCAGAAUGGGAAAACGGUGCAGAAUGGGAAAACGGUGCAGAAUGGGAAAACGGUGCAGAAUGGGAAAACGGUGCAGAAUGGGAAAACGGUGCAGAAUGGGCAAAGGAUGGGAAUAACCUGAAUGACUAUGUCGAUUCAGAAAAGGACACACAAUUUAAUAAAUAUAACUUACCUACCUUUUUUAAACAAAAUAAUGGUGAUAUGAAGAAACUGAUGAACAGCAGUUAUGUGAAGGGGAAAUCGAAAAAGGUUUUUUUAAAAACUGAGAACCCCAUAGUGGGAAACAGGAAAGGAGAAAGCUAUAGUAGUAGUGAUCAGCAUCAUAUUACUGAAAGGACUGUUGGCAAUUCCGUUUAUCGAUUGAAUCAGAGGAUUAUAGAGCCUGUAUGUACCAGCAAGGGAAAAGGAUGUACAAUGGUUAACUCUGCUGAGAGUAGCACUGUCAGCAGCGGGGAUGGAAGUGGUGCGAGUGGAAGUGGGGGAAGGAAGGACGUAUACCAUACGCAGUUGCUACGCAAAUCUGCUAACGAAGGGUGUGAUAAAGAAAUUACAGCAUCGUCUGAGAUGAAGAAGAGUGUAAUUUCCAAACGAAUCGAUCUCCUGGAGGAAGAGGUGGAUCAUGGGAACAUCUCUAGUAGGGUAAGACAUUUCAACAGAAGAGGUUAUAAAUGUGAAGAGAACAUUGGAGAAACACGUGUCGAGUGUAGAAGAAGAGGUAUUGGAGCGGAUUCACAUAUGGAUAGCUUUGAGAGGUUCAGGAUAUGUGAUGAGUAUAAGGGAUACCCUUUUCUUAAUCGUGAAGCAAAUAGGAAUCUUUACACAGGAUAUAGAUUAAGCAAGAGAGAAGAUGUGGGGAAGGAGGAAGAAUUAAUAAGAUUCACAAAUUAUGAUGGUGACUAUGGAGAUGUAUAUCUUUAUGAAAAUCAUCAAGGAGGAGAAAAGAACAUCUUCAGUAGUAGCAAUAAUUUGAGUGGGAGCCAUAUUUUGAGUGGGAGCAAUAAUCUGAGUAGGAGCAGUAACUUGAGUAGGAGCAGUAACUUGAGUAGGAGCAGUAACUUGAGUAGGAGCAGUAACUUGAGUAGGAGCAAGAAUUCCAUUUUGCAUAACAAAGAAAAGAAGGAAGAGGAAUUGUCAAGCUGCGCAAACAGGGUAGAAAAUAAUGAUGAGAAUCAUAUGGUAAAUAACAAAAAUUGUAAAAAUUACGACUCUAAUGAACCUUUUAACGAUGAGAAAAUCACCAAAGGUGAUGAACAUUUAUUUUCUAGCCUCUUAGGUAAAUCAGCAUUAAGUGAAAAUUCUCAUAUGAAAGAAAUGUUAGAAGAUUCACCAGAAGGGAAUAUCUUUGUUUUUCCAAAUGAAAGAGAAACAUAUUUUAUGAAUUUCUAUAAGAAGGAAAAUGUAGACAAUUUUUUAAGAAAUGAAAAAGAACGAAUGAACAACCCAUUUUACAAGAACAUGGUAGUACAGGAAGAAAAUAGAUGCAAUUGGCUUAAGAAAAAAAUUUCAAAAAAUUUAAUUUCAUAUGAAUCUCAGAACGAUGAAGAGAAGCGAAUGGAGGAAGAUUGUACGUUAUCAUAUGAGCCAAUAAAGGAGGACAGUGUUUAUGAUUUCAAUAUUGUGAAUAUUCCAAUGAAUUACUCAGAAAUGGGAAUCGAUAAUAUAUUUUUCACAAAUUACAAUUGUAUUGACAAAGACGAGUGUCACUUGAUGGACUAUGAUGAAGGAGCAAUGUUUAUAAAUGAUACAAAAAGAGAAAUUCGAAACCAAAGGAAUAACAACAUUUUGAAAAGAAAGGAAAAAAAUUUUAUAAAAAAUGAAAGAGGAGAAAGACAUAUUCGAAAUAAAGAUAUUUAUUAUGACAUGUCUAAGGAGAGAAUUUACACGAAUCAUAACAAUUAUGAAGGUAUAAUACAUGACAUAUGCCCUCAUGAGUGUGUGGAAAAUAAUGUAAGAGAGAAGAAUGGUCAAAGCCCGAGAACCAAAGAUGCAGAAGUGUCCAAUAUAGAACAAGUUAAUUUGAGUUAUUCAAAUGAAGAGUACUUUAACGAGAGAUGUCCUCAUUGGAACUCCUUGAAAUGGAAUCAAGUAAAUUAUGAACCCACUAGAGAAGAAUUUAUGGGAAAUGACAAAUCUGGUGAGAAUGCAAGUAGAAUUGGAAGUAGUGUGGUUUCAUCUAAUGUGAAUCCAAACAGAGGUGCAAUGAACUUUUUAAGAAACGAUGCAAAGAAUUUUUUAACCUCUGUGUUUCUAAAUGAUGGAUUUGAAAAAAGUUUAGAAAAUGAUGUCGUGAGAAGCAUUAUGGAGGGCAACAACUUCUCUUCCUAUGAUCCGCUGAGUAGUGCAUGUUUUUACGACUUUGGAGUGAAUAAUAAUAUUAGCAAUAGUGGCAAUGGUAGUGGCAAUGGUAGUGGCAAUGGUAGUGGCAAUGGUAGUGGCAAUGGUAGUGGCAAUGGUAGUGGCAAUGGUAGUGGCAAUGGUAGUGGUAGCGCUAAUGGCAAUGGCAAUAGUAGUAAUAGGAGCCCGCUUUUGAUCCAUCACGCUGGUGGAGCGAAUGGCAUCGAUGUUGUCGACACUGCCGAUGAUGAUGACGUGUUUUGUGUAGACUUGUCGAAGGACUUGGAUAUGCACUUCUUUAUCAAAAAUGAUUAG